CACACCCCUGAUCACAUCUUCCAUUGCAACCUAAAACACCACGAUAUUUAAUAACCCUUCCUCAUUUGCAUGCGCCAAUCACUACACCUUAUUCCUAACACUGCGCAAUCAGAUUGCCACAGAGAGGGUGUGGCGUCUCCCUCACUGGGGGUGUUCCGGAACCAUCCGGAUGCGAUGGAUGGUUCUGGACGGAUGGAAGUGCUGUGGGAUGACACCACUUGAGCAGAGGGGUAGGACGACGACCAUUCCGUGACUCACCUUACCAAGCUGCAGCCCCUGCCAGCUCAUCCCAUUGCUGCCCAGCGGGGCCACGGAGCCCUGCGGACGCUCCGUGCGGGGAAACUCAGCCAGCGAACGUGGCUGGAGCGCGGGCGGUAGAGGAAGAGCUCCCGCCACAUUUCCAGGGGCUGGCGAUACCGAAGGACGAACCUGAGGAGCGCCCGGUGCUCCCGCGGGCUAAGGAGAGCGGCACUGAUUCCCCGGCCGGGUCUCGGCCCCGGGCAGGAGCGCUGGGCUGUGCCGGGAAGAGCGGAGGCGCUGGGGAGCAGGGGGCCGGGGCGAGGCGAAGGCCCGGCAGAGCACGCCCGGGGCUUGGGAGAGGGCGGAGCGGCCCCACGGCGUUGGCGGGACAAGUGCCCCCGGGCCGGGAUUUAAAGCGUCUCAGGAAACAAGAGGUGGGGUGGAUGAGAGGGUUUUGUAGUCCGGCCGGUGCUUCCCAAGGAGACUGAGCUUGGGGAAAGGCGCUUCUUAUCACGCUGGUUUCUGGAUUAUGCUCACAGCUCACCCACCUUUGUGCAGGGCUGCCCUCUCUGUCCCGCGGGGCUCAGUGGCUUGGGCAUGUUUCCGGCUCCUAGGCCGGGCACUGCCAAAGUAUGCUGUACCAGCGUCUACCCCUCCCCUUCUGCUCCCAUCUUCUGGGAAAGGUUCCAUGCUCCUUUUUCUCUCUUCUAGAUGGAGCCAGCAAUGGAGUCCAUAUUCUCCAUUUUCCAGAGCCCUGGGAGGAGUGAUGCUGCAGAAUAUCCAGGGGACUGCGUUUUGGGGGACAAUGAGGAGGAGAACGGCUUCCCUGAAGACCUUAAGCACGAGGAGCUGCCUCAGGUACAUGAAGCCCUGAGCCUAGACAGGAAGGCAGCCUGUGAUGUUUCCCCUCAUGAACAAAGAGACUCCAGGAAGCUCAUCCUUGGCACUGAUGGCCAGACACUGCACUGUAAAGAGAAACCAUUCAGGUGUCCAGAAUGUGGGAAGGGUUUCAAGGGGCACUGCAGGCUCCUGACCCACCUGCAGAUCCACACAAGAGAAAAGGUGUUUGUGUGUGCAGAAUGUGGGAAGAGCUUCAGCAGGAAGGCCAACCUGGUGGUUCACCAGAGAGUCCAUACAGGGGAGAGGCCUUACAAGUGCAAGGAAUGUGAGAAAACCUUCAGCCGUGCCUCGAGCCUCCUUGCUCACCACAAAACCCAUCUGAGAAAGAAAAUCUUUUCCUGCACCAUGUGCAGAAAAGACUUCAGUGGGAACACGGCUCUGCUGCAGCAUCUGAGAGUCCAUACAGAUGAGAAGCCCUGUAGGCGUUCAGAGCAUGGAAAUAGCUUCAGUGUGAGCUCAAACUUCAUCAGACACCAAUAUCUCAGAGAGAGACCCAGUGAACACACAGCAGAUGCAAAUCAACCUGAAUUUACAUCUUUGCAUCAGAAAGAAGAGCAAAGGUGUGGUGCAGAGGAAAGUGAGAUGGAUCACUGGAAUCUUGUUUCUGAAGAGUUGAAGAAAAUGAGGGAAAACAUGGAUAUGCUUCUCCUGAAUCAGCGAAGUCAGCUGCAGGUGCUUCAGGAAAUUCAGAAGCAACUGAACAUACUGCUCCCAGGCAAUGCUCUCCUGAAUUCCAAUGUUUAUAGCUUAGGACUCCUCCUAGGACAGCAGGUGGCUGCUGCAGCAUCCAUUUCUUGCCCCCUUCUUAAUCCCAGCAGUCUCCUCUCCUGUGAAGGUGCCAGUGCCUUAUCCCUUUCAUCUGCCUCUGGAGCUCUGCCUGCACCUCAGCUCCCAAUCUCUCAGGAUCCUGUGGCUUCUGCAGCUUGCUCAGCAUUGUGCUGUGAACGUGUCCAGUGUAAACAUCUGUGACUCUUCGCCACCAUUCUGUCACUCGGGGCAGGUAUCCUGUGGGCUGUGGUGUUGCAGUUGUUGUGCCUGUGAAGGUACUGACUGUACACUCAGAUGUAUCAACAAGCAGCAGUUGAUCAAAUCCCUGCCCUGGAGCCUGCAGGGAUUUUGGCCAGGAAUGACCUUUAUUGAGGCCACUCAAGAGAUUGUUAUCACUGGGAUGCACUGAUGUGCAACAUUCAUAUACAAGAUAAUUCAUCAAACUUGAGUGUAUUUUUUACCUGGUAUAUCUUUCAGCAUGUACUUGGGCAGUUGUACCUCUCCUAAUGAGUUGAAACUAAUGAUAAAGUCCUCAGGGAUGAUUUAAGUAUCGCCUGUUAUGUCCGAUUUAUAUAGAGGGAAUCAAGAUGCUUAUGUAAAGAUGUUCAGUUUAACAGCACCCCUGUUCCCAGCAUGUGUUUGCAAAAGCUUCCUUCCUUUAGGAAGUCUUUAAAUUAUGUGUCCUUGACUUAGCUGAUUCUCAGGCCAGCGCUACUACUCAAAAUAGAAAAAAGUGCUUUUUGUGUAAAACAAACAACCCCCACCACCACCCCAAAAAAAACCCUAACUGAAAACACAAACCAAAAAGCCCUGAACAAAAUAUUACGUUUCAGGUCUGCCUUGCUUAUCAGGAGUUCGUGAGGAAAAGCCAAAUUGGUUUCUAGGGCACUUGUUCUUUUGUUCAAAGGUGAACUCAGUUGAGCCUGGGUUUACUUGGUAAUAACCUAUUUAGAUUAUUAUGUGGUUUUGGCUGUUACAUAUUAAUUAGGGAUAGGAGUGGGGUAAAUAACACUGAGAGGCUCAGGUACAUCAUAUUGUGAAAACAGCAGAGAAAACUUUUUUUUUCCCUUUUAUUUUCUUUUUUUUCCCCUGUAGGACUCUGACAUUGGGUCUGCCAGGGUUGGAAAGUACAGAGUUUUAAGACAUGUUGGUCUAGUCUACCUUGUUCCAUCAGUGACAGACUUGGGGCAGUCUCAGAAUCUUUAAGCUUCAAAAGUGUAAAAAAAAAAGCUCCUUUACCCUUGAACUGGGAUAAAAAACUUUGGGCUUGUACCUUUGCCAGAAAGUCUUAUCUCUUGAACUGAUGCUGUGUUUGUGCAUGGUUGGUUUUGUGGUUUGUAGUUGUGGUUUUUUUAUGUUACCUUGUUAAAAGGAUGCACUCCUAGUAAUUAAUAAAAUGAGGUUUAGAUUUUAGGGAUGGGAAACACUGGUUCUCUUAACAAGUCGUCUUCUUGUUGACAGAAUGUCACUUUCUGUCCCAAAGCUAAAACUGUGGGGCCAGGUAUGUCACUUCUGCUGUGUGACUAUAGACUGUGAAAAUCACACACUGGUUUCUACUGUGUGGGAUUUUGGAUUAGUCUUAAUUCAUCAGGAUAUUAAUUUAAGCCAAAUGAAGAGGCCUUAAAGGACAAAGGACAUCUCUUCAAUGUGAUCUUGUGCUGGUAUCUUUAAGCUGUAAUUUCUAUCAGUUGAGCAUUUCAGAAUCCUGGAAACUCAGGGGUACUGUUGAGAACUUUUUUUGAUGUUUAAUGUCAUUCUGCAUAAAGCAGAAUUCCCUCAUGAAAUCAAUGGUUGAAGUUUGUAUUUCAGUUGGGUUUAUGGUGUUCAUUAUUAAAAUGUUCCACUCCUGUUAGAAAUGAAUCUUUGGUGAGUUUUUGUCCUUCCUAAAAUAUUACAUAGAGGGGGCCCCUAGGAGUCCAAGGCCAGCCAGAAGUGUUGUCCUGGUAGCUUUUGUCUGGGUUUUCCCUUUCUCUGCUGAUCAUAAAUCUGGAGUUGUCCUGGCUCCACUUUCUUCUCUUUGAAUAAUAAUAACAAUGGAAUGGUACAAGUAUAAGAAACAAUGAUCUGAAAAUACAGGAAAUUGAGGGCAAUUUUUUGAGAAGCAGCUGGAAUUCCAGAUCUCUAAAACUGGCACUAAUUUGCCCAAUUUUGCAUUUAACCUGUCAGUCUUCUGAAGUAUUUUCUUCUCAUCAGAUAAAAAUAAAAUAAUGCAUCUUGUUACUAAGCUGACAACAGGUGAGAAUUUUGAAAAAGUUUGCUGAUUAAAGUGCAUCUGCAGAAAUUAUGCACUCAGGUAGGUAAUUGAAGUGUUUCUGUUGUGAGUGGAAGUUUCUGAAGAUGUUAGCUGUGUGGAGGUCAACAGCUAGAAUAAUUUAAAAAACAACUAACAUAUAACCCCAUAUUACACCUUAAUCACACAAUUUAUUAUGGCAGGAUAACUCUGGAAAAAGAGACGGCCAAUGUGAAAUAUUCAUCCUGGAUGACAUUUAGGAGGUCCUAACGUGGAUCCAUAAAUUUAAAGAUUGAUGCGGCUGGUGGCCCAGCAGUCCUUAAAGGUUUUUAGUCUUGUUAAUCUAGAUUGGAUCCUGAUUUCUUAAUGUAAGACAAGGAUAAUUAUUUCAGCUAAGUUACAUUGUGGUUUUUGUAAUGUGGUUGCAUAUAAGACAUUAAUUAUAUUCUAAAAGUUACAAAGGUCUUAAGUUCAACAUUUUUAGGGCUGAAAAUGAUCAUUCGUUAGUGGUGGUGGGGAAGACACCUCCACUCUGCAUCAGUUUUGGGAUUUUCUGGUACUCAGGGGGAAAAAAGGCAAGUUUUGCCUGAAUCCACAGCUGU